UAUGUCCCUACAGUUCGACUUAAGUUUGCUGACAAGCCAUUAACGUUACGGAACUCGACAUGUUCACGUAGUAGCCUACGACAACGGAUUCGUCAGGGUGUACAUUUCUAUCCUCUUUGGAAUCUUAAAUAUUUUUUUUUGUUAACGCUAAGUUAGUUAACGUCAGCUCCGAAAACAGCUUCCUGUCCAGCAAGUUAUUUAUUGGUGAAACAGACGUCCAGAGAUCCGCAACGAAGACCGACCAUAAUAAGAUCACGUGCUUUGUAGUUUCAACGUUUGCAAUUAUAUCAGCUGUGAAAAAGCUUGUAGCAUCGAGUGGUUCCGAUGUAUGCGUCGCCUUCGUCUUUCGUUUAUAACCGAGUGUGGCAUCAUCCCCGAAACCUCAAAUCUACAGUCAUCAAGGCUUGGAAUGGCUGAACACGGAGGGCCCUCUUUCUCUGAACAAGGAGCUAGCUGGUAAAGUGGUGCUGCUGGACUUCUUUACUUACUGCUGCAUCAACUGCAUGCACAUCCUGCCCGACCUGCACCGUCUAGAGAAGAAGCACUCUGCCGAAGAUGGAUUGGUUAUUGUUGGUGUGCACUCUGCUAAAUUCCCAAAUGAGAAGGCCCUGGACAAUGUUCGCAGCGCCGUGCUCCGCUAUGACAUCUGCCACCCGGUGGUGAACGACAGCGAGGCGCGCCUCUGGCACGACCUGGAGGUGUCCUGCUGGCCCACACUGGUCCUACUGGGCCCACGUGGCAACCUGCUCUUCUCCCUGGUGGGCGAAGGCCACCGCGACAAGCUGGCGCUGUUCGCCGCCGGCGCCCUGCGUCACUACGGGGAGCGGGGCCUCCUGAAGACGCACGCUGUGGGGAUCAAGCUGUACCGAGACUCCCUGCCUCCCAGCGUCCUGUCUUUCCCCGGGAAGGUGGCCGUGGACGACGUUGCGAAAAGACUGGCCAUAGCAGACACCGGACAUCACCGGAUUCUGGUGGUUUCCUCAGCUGGACGGCUGUUGCACGUCAUAGGAGGGCCAAAAAGUGGACGACGAGAUGGCAACUUUUCCGACGCUUCCUUCAGCUCCCCUCAAGGUGUGGCCAUUAAAGGGGAAGCUGUGUACGUGGCCGACACCGAAAACCACCUGAUCCGUAAGAUUGACCUGUCGGAGGGCCAAGUCAGCACUCUGGCUGGAGUAGGAGCUCAAGGCACGGACAGAGAGGGCGGCGCAGUGGGACCCCAGCAGCCCAUCAGCUCGCCCUGGGACGUGACUCUCGGCUGCGCAGGCGGAGGCGAAGGUAACGUGCUGUGGAUCGCCAUGGCAGGGACCCACCAGAUCUGGGCUUUGUUCCUAGCAGAUGGCAAACUGCCCAAAGGAAGCGAAUCCAAGGCGGGAACGUGCGUGCGAUGGGCGGGCAGCGGCAACGAGGAGAACCGGAACAACGCGUACCCCCACAAGGCGGGCUUUGCUCAGCCUUCGGGCCUGGCUUCGGCCCCGGAGGAGCCCUGGGGCUGCCUGUACGUGGCCGAUAGCGAGAGCAGCACCAUCCGCACGCUGGCACUGAAGGAUGGAGCCGUCAAGUCGCUGGUCGGAGGAGAGAGGGACCCACUGAACCUUUUUGCUUUCGGGGAUGUAGACGGGAAAGGGGUGGAUUCCAAGCUGCAGCAUCCUCUCGGUGUCGCCUGGGCUCCGGAACAAAGCCGGCUCUAUGUGGCCGACUCCUACAACCACAAGAUAAAAGUGGUCGAUCCAAAGGCAAAGCAGUGCAUCACAUUAGCCGGCACCGGAGAGGCCGGGGAUACUCUGGGCCCUGAGUUCAACCAGUCCCGCUUCAACGAACCCGGAGGGAUCUGCGUCGGCGACGGCGGGAAGCUUCUCUACGUGGCCGAUACCAACAACCACCAAGUGAAGGUUCUGGACCUGUUCUCCAAGACCGUUUCGCUGUUCCCCAUUUCCACGGACUGCACAGAUUCAGCGGCUCCAAACCCAUCGGCUCCGACCAAAGCCCCGGCGCUGCCCAAAUCCGCUGCCAGGAAAGACAUGCCACCGGUGUCGGUGUCGGCGGGCCAGACCCUCGUCAUGUCGCUCGCGCUGUCGCUCCCGGAAGGAACCAAACUCACGGAAGGGGCCCCCAGCUGCUGGGCCCUCUCAGCCGAGGGUAACGAAUGGCUCCUGGAAGGUCGGGUGGUUACUGGGGACAUUGUGGAUCUGUCGAAGCCCUUCUCCGUCGCAACCAAAAUCCCGGCUGUUAUCAAGGACUUCCACAGCAAUCCCAGCCUCACUUUGGGUGUCUGGUUGUACUACUGUCUGGAAACGGGUAAUGCUUGUAUGAUGAAAGCGGCCUCCUUCAGGCAGCCUCUUGAAAUAGGUGCCGAUCGUGGAGCAGAUGAAAUCCAAGUGACUCUCGUUCAUGCAUUCUGAUACCUCUCGGGCCGUCUCCGUCAAAACGUCGCAGGACUGUGGUGUCUGUGGUGUUACUCUUCAGCUUAGCUAACCCAAGCUCCUUUCUUAUUCAGAGAUCUUUGGGUAGAAAAUCUCAGAUUGUCUCCCAAUGUCACAUAAAACAAAAAUGCCAAUCAGACAUAUCUGACAUUUUUUUAAAGUUAAUUUCAUUUAAUUAUCCAGAAUCCUUUUCUACAUAACAUAAUUCAUCAGUGCUGCAAUGCCCUUUACUGCGAGUGACAGUUAUUGAUAGGAAUGCAAAUAGUUGCAUCCUGAGGCAUUUAAGGAAGACUACAGCGAACACAACUGAAGCCUAACAAUGAAUAUCUAUAUGAUGGUAUUGAGAUACAGAAGAUUCCUACGUGGACGGGCUGAACUGACUACUUGUGACGACUGUACACUUUAUUAAUGGUGAUAAGUAUUCAUCUCAAAAGUACCGUCUUACUUAAAAAACGCUGGAUUGAAUGACAAUUGAAGUGUGAGGAAAUUAAAUUAUGUUCUGUGGGUUCAAUAAGAAACAAAUUUAACAGAAUAGUUGUUGAUUCCACCCGUGGGUAAUUACAUAGGAUACUUUUUUCUUCUUCUUUUUAACGGAGCUGAUAUCUGAUUCAGACUUGGAGGACAAAGCUUUAUUCUGCUUUUGCUGUCGUAAGCGUAUCUUUUUAAAUGUUAAUUUUGAGUUGUAAAGGGGAAUAAAAAGAGAUAAAUGACAAGAAGUUAACUAUGCAGAGACUGAAAUUUUGUAUUAUCAUUAAUAUAUUUAAAUAAAACUCCACAGCAUUGAAACUAGUCUUCCCGUUGUACUUUUCGAUAAUAACAUAUUUCUCUGUGUGAUUGCUUUAUUAUCAGUCUGCUGGGACGGUGCUUUAGGGGGCACUAAUCCAUCGUGUGUAAAUGUGUCUCCACACAGACCCGUGUGUGCAAAGUUCAUACUCGUAGCUUAAAGCUUUGCCCCGGCGUCCCUUUCCCUUUUGACCACUUAUACUUUUGAUUAUGAUUAUUCGUGACACAAGGAGCUCUUGAUUUAGGCCACUAAAAAUUGCGAUUAACUAAGUAAUGAAUACGGUGCUUGUGUUUUUAUAAGGGGAGGCCACUGCUCUGUGAACUGAUAACAAAGUGAUUGCUGUGAGCAAGCGGUUUAUAAGCUUCAACUCCACAAAGGGAAUUUUCCCUUGUAGCAUAAAGUAACAUGAUAAUGUGUUGUAUUCCCUUAUGGUCUUUUCAAAGCGAGGGCCAUUUGCCAGAAUCGUGUCUGAAGGCAUUUUGUUUAUCAUCACUGUCAUCGUGCCUUGCAUAACUUGGGUUGUCAGGCCGGCUUGGUUUGUGUCAUGCGGCCCAAAGGCCGGCGAAAAAAGGGGACCUUACUGUACGCAUGGUGGGACUCAAACUGUAUCAGAAGCAAUAAUAACAAUAUUUCUAUAAUAUGUGAAACAUUGCAAUUCCCACGAGUUAUUUAUGUCAAAUGAACUGCAACAUUUCUAAGCACAGCGUCGUGAUUCCUCUGUUGUUUUUUUAAUUAACAGCAAUGAGCUUGAGGGGCUGCUGGUGGAGUUCUUUCAUUCUCUCACUUGAUUUCAUCUUGUGUCCCAAUGCUGUGCUUUAAGAUGCAACAGGGGGAACCAAUAAGACAUUUCCUAGGCUCGUCUGUGUGUGUGUGUGUGUGUGUGUGUGUGUGUGUGGUGUGUGUGUUAGGUUUCCAUCAAAGCCCAUCGCCGCAAUUGCACACAAAUUCUUCAUGUAUUUUGUAUUUCCAACGAAUGAGACUGUGGCUUUGCUGUGUGAGACUAUUAAAAGCGUUCCUAACGA